AUGCCCACCAUCUCCACCAAAUCCUCCGGAGGGCCCCUCCACGUUCCCGGAUCUAGAAGACUCGUAUUUCCCCCAAAGCCCCUCCUCUCUCCCGCCUUCCUGCCUUUGCACCCGAGCUUAGGAUACCUCUCUGUAAACGCCCGCCAUUCCUUCCCUACCCUGACCUCCCCGGCUCUCACUGACCAGGUCUCUGGCCCCCAGUCUCCUCCUGUCCCCGGGGCACCCCUCUGCGCCCCCAGCACAGCGCCCAUCACCUUAAAUGACCAGGGCUGUCUGCCUGGCUCACCUGCUCCCACUGAGGAGUCGGGCUUGGCGGGUCUGGCCGGUAGCUGGCACCGUGAAGCAUCCCCUGACGACCUAGCUGAGCCCUAG